AUGCCUCUCGCAUCCUCCCAGCGGCAGUGCUUCGUGUGCUCCGGUGCUCCGAAGCCCAGCUGCUAUCGCAACAACCAUGUCAAACUGUGCGAAAAGUGCAGGAGCAUGUUCGCCGGUAACCGCGACGAGUGUCCUUACUGCGUCCUUCCAACCGACAGAUACCGCCCCACUCCCACCAUGAGGAUUAGGAAGUCUCAGAGCCCUAGGCGCGAGACCAAGCGUCUUAGUGUGACCGCGAAGAUGGUGUUCGCGGAUGGCCCAGACCGAACAAUGACGAUGGCAGAGGUCGGGUCUCAGGCGGCUGAGUCUUCCUCUUCUGUUGAGGAGAGUUCUGAGGAGAGCGGUGUUGAGGAGCAGGAUGGUCACUUGAUCGAUGAAGAGCCGGCCCAGGACGAUUCUAAUGGCCUGGUAGAUGAACAGGUCGUUUCUUCUGUGGAAGUGGUUCCUGUUGAUGAUGAAUCUGCGGAUGAUGAUUCUGCGGAUGAGGGUUCUGUGGAGGAAGAGCCUGCUAACGAAGAGCCUGUUGAGGAGGAGUCUCUUGAUGAGGAGCCUGUUGAUGACGAGCCUGUUGAGGAGGAAUCUGUUGAGGAGGAGCCUAUUAAUGAUGCUCCUAUUGAGGAAGAGUCUGUCGAGAAAGCUCCUGCUGAUGAGGAGCCUGCUGAUGAAGAUCCUGUCGAGGAGGAGCCUGUUCAGGAGCCUGUCGAGGAAGCCCCUGCCGAGGAAGCCCCUGCUGAAGAAUCCUCUAUCGAGGAGGCUCCCGUUGAGAUGGUUCCUGCGGAAGUGGCUCCUGCCCAGAGCAGCCUCCGUGCGAAGCUGGCCGGAUUGACUCUGGAGAUUCCGGAUCGCGAGAUUAGCCUCCAGCAGGAUUCCAAUGACAAUGAGGUUGAAGUGUUCCCCGACACUCCAGAGGAUGCAGUUCCCGAGUUCGAGAAGCAGCUCGAGGAGCUGAGCAAGCCACGAGAGGAGCGCGAAAAGGCUGCAAGCAAGCCCGUCAAGACACCAACCUUUCCAAUCAAGAAGGGAGGCGCCCAGGGACGGAUUGUCAGAAAAGGAGUGACUUCUCGCAGCCAGACUCCCGAGGCCCCUUCGUGCCGCCGAUGCUCGCUCCAUGGCAAGCACGAUAAGUGCCCUGAGCAGAAGCCAAAGGUUCCACGUGGUCCAUUGGUCAGGGGUAAGAGUGUUCGUGAGGAGCGCCCUAUCAAGCAGCAGGCUCAGGAGGAGCCGAAUGAGACUCUUGGUGAGUGCUUCUAG